GCAAGUUGGCAAAGUUGGUUUAAAACACGAAACGAAGUAAAUAAAUCUUAAAAUCUUAAAAUUAAAUAAAAAAGUAACAAUUUGCAAAUGAAAAUAAUUGUAUACAUAUUAACCUAGAUCAGUUAUUUUUAAAUACAUAAAUAGAAUAAAGAAAAAAAUAAUAACUCUUAAAAAUGUCCUAUGUAAAUAAAGAUCUUAGUGCUAACGAAUCUCAAGUGCCCCCUCCUAACAAACAAAACGUGCCUGCACGUCUUUCCACUGAAAGUAAUGGCAAUGUUUGUUUGGAAUCUGACAAAAAAUUUGUUUAUGAAGAUGUGUUAGAAAUAAUUGGUUUCGGUAAGACACAAUGGAUUAUGCUGUUAACUUGUGGUCUUCUCUUGAUGAUGGUCAUUAACGAGACCAUGGGUAUGAGUAUCAUAACGAUCGCCUCACAAUGUGAUUUCGACUCUUCUUCCAUGGAUAAGGCGAUAAUGAGUGCAGCGGCAUUUAUUGGUAUUUUAUGCUCUUCAUACUUUUGGGGUUAUCUAUGCGAUACGUAUGGCCGGAAACCCAUAUUAAUGUACACUACUCUACUGGGCAAUAUAGUAUCGUUUAUAUCGAUAUUUAUAGCAAACUUUUGGGUGUUUGUAUUUCUCAGAUUUGUGGUGGGAGUAUUUAUAGCCGGUGCCUCUUCCACUACCUAUGCCUAUUUAGGGGAAUUUUUCAUUGCCCGCCAUAGACCAGUGGUAAUUAAUUAUGCCAGCAUGUUUGUGGGCGUGUCCAUGACAUAUGUUCCUGCAGUGGCUUGGCUGGUUUUAUCCAUGGAUUGGUCUUUCGAGAUAACUGAAUCAUUUGUUUUUCGCCCUUGGCGUUUAUUGACCAUCUUUAAUAUAUUGCCUGGUUUUAUAGCCGUUCUAAUAAUGAUUACUCUACCCGAUAGCCCUAAAAUUUUAAUGUCUAUGCGUAAAUACGAUGAGGCUUAUGAGGCUGUUAAUUGGAUUGCAAAAAAUAAUACGGGUAGAUGUUUACAAGAUUUUAAGGUUUUCAAGUUGUUGGAUGAAUCGCUGCCGGCCGGUGAUAAGAUAUUGCAUACCUCGAAAUCGGCUUCUAAAGUAUUACAACAAAUGUGGCAUGAGACGAUUCCGCUGUUUAAGAGACCUCACGUUUUGAAUUUUAUAAUAAGUUGUACCAUCAUGUGUGGCCUGUUUUUCUGCAACUCCGGCAUGGGUCUGUGGUAUCCAGAAAUACAAAACCGUUUAGGCAGCAAUUCCGAUGAAAAUCAAAUGACUAUAUGUCAAGUAAUUGAUGCUUUUAUGGAUCAGCAAAAUCAAAAUGAAACAGAAAAGAUCUGUAACGAUACUAUAAACACUAAAAGUUAUAUAGACUCAAUAACUUUUGGUUUAUCUUAUACCGUGGGCUACAUCAUACUGGGGCUGAUAAUUAAUCCGCUGGGCCGUAAAGUGACCAUAAUGAGUCUUCUAAUUAUUUCAGCCAUUUGUGGUAUUGUGUUACAAUGGCUUUUGGAACCCAUAGCCAUAGUGGUGUGUUUUAUAUUGUUUUUAAUGCUGCCCGGCCUAUGUAUAUCGAUAUUAAGUGGAGCGGUGGUGGACUUGGUGCCCACUAACUUAAGGGGCAAAGCUGUUUGUAUUUGCUUAAUGUUGGGUCGUUCGGGUAGUGUUAUAGGCAGUAAUAUUAUUGGCAGUUUAUUGGAAUCAUAUUGUAGUAUAACAUUUGGUGUUUUCUAUGGUUUAAUAUUGGUGUGUUCUGUUUUAACAUAUUUGCUGCCUAUUUAGUAAGCAGAGGUAAUUUGCUUAUGAAAUUUUGAUAAAAAUCUCAUUAGUGUAAGAUUUUAUUAAGUUUAAGUAUCAGUUCAAAUAAUUCUACUGGGUAGAAAAUGUUAAUAAAUUUAGUUUUUAUACUAAAACUAUGUGCAUGUUAAAUAAUAAUUAACGAAAAAUCACCACUACAAGUGGUGAUUACUCUUCGUAGUAUAUUUACAAGACUAUGCUAUAAUUGUUUGCUACAAAGCUAUAUACUUUAUACUUUAAUAUUAAAAAGGCUUUUUGGUCCAGAAUAUUUGGAAUGAUUUUUAGUCUUGUAUAUAUCUUUAGGUGUAGCAAAUCACAGCUCCCUAUAGUUAGUUUUUCUGGUCUUGUAAACAUAGCUUAUUUGCAAGCAUAACUUACCAUGUAGAGUGAAUUUCGCUAAUGUUUCUGAAAACUCUUGUUUGCUUUAAUAAAUAUUUUGCUUAAUAAAUUAGUUUGGCUAAUAUUUAAUAGUGAUUAAUGUCGUAUCGUAUCUGCAUUGUCUUUGCCCAAAAGUUUAUUUUUAGUUAUAAGUACAGAAUCAAAAUUAUUUAAUAAGAAUUAUGUUAAGCUACAACAAAUUUAUUGUUUUAUGUACCUGCGAAAGAAAUUAUGCAUAAAAAGUUUUUUUUAAAAUACACGUGUUAAAUUAAAUCUUAGAUUAAUUAAGUUUUUCUUUAAUGGAAGGUUGUAAAAGAACAUAAACUAAUCAUAAAACAUUGUAUGUAGUUAGUUUUUAUGGAGCAAUUUUUAAGUGUUAACAUUUAGUUAAAAGCCCAUUUUUAUCUUUUAUUUAAUUAUAUUUGUUUAAUUGUUAACAGAAAUAUUCUAAAAAUAUUCAUGAAUUCUAAAAAAGUAACAAGAAUUAAGACCGCAAAUGUCGCCUGCUAGCUAUAUGAUCAAAAAUAUCUUUAGCUUAGACUGUAAAGUUGCUAAGUCGAUUUAUUAAGAAAAUUAAAUUUUUAUUAUAUAACAUAACAUAGUAAAACUAGCCGGUGUGUAUACAAAACUUUUAGUUAUAUUUUUGUUUCACUCUCCUAAAACACUACCUUCUAAAUCAAGUUGGGUAUAGGAUUUCAAAAUACGGGAUUUUGAACGUGGUUUUUGUUUGCAAUAACUUAUAUGUCAUUUACUCUCACUUAGUUAUUCAACAUUAUAGUUUAAACAACAAUGUUAUUUUUGUUUCGAAAGCGUCAUAUGCGGGAAGUUUUGCUUUACUUCUUUAAUUUGAAAAAAAAGUGCUCACCGAAGCUUAUGGUGAAUGUGCUUCAUCGGUUUGAACGUGCGAGGGAUGGUUUGUGCGUUUCAGAAGUGGUGAUCGCCCAGGCCAAAUUCAACAAGAGCUUGCAAAGUCAUUGGAAGCUACUCAAUUAGCAAUUUUAAAACGUUUGCAUGCAGCAGGAUUCGUCCAAAAGCUGAGAAAAAUUUAAAUUGAAGCUGAGAGACCUUGAAAGUCAAAUUCAACAAGAGCUUGCAAUUAGCAAUUUUAAAACGUUUGCUGCAGGAUUCAUGCAAAAGCUGAGAAAAAUUUAAAUUGAAGCUGAGAGACCUUGAAAUUCUGCUUCAGUGCUAUAAAAGAAAAUCAUUAUUACAGCGAAUCAUUACUUGCGAUGAAAAAUGGAUUGUUUACGAUAAACCGAAUAUCUGUGAUCGAAAUAUCUUCAAAAUUGCGACCUGUACUAUGCGCACAAAGUUUACAAUGUGGAUUCUAGCUCAUUCGAAACGUAUUAUUAGAAUUUAAAAAGUACCAAAGUACCAAGUAGCAUCAUUAAUGCCUAAUUUCAUAUUUCUAGGCUCAUUUUUAUUGAAAAUUCAGAAUCAUUUGUGUCUAAUUUUUAGAUUUAUUAUUAUAAUAUAUUCCAAAAGUACUAUUACAAUAAAGAAAUAGUACUAUAGCGAACUAUUAUGUACAUAAGUACCAAUUUUCCACAAUUGAACCUAAGUCAAGUUUGAAAUCAAAGUAAUUUCCUGAUUAUAGGUUCAAUAUUAGGGAAAAUUCAAAAAGUUCCAUGUUGAAGAACGAAAAAGUACUUCUUAGUUUGCUCUUAAUGGAAUGGACCUAAGCUUUCAUUUGAGCAAAAAAAAAAAAAGAGGGCCCAUUUUGGAAAAAAAUAUAUAUCCCACUCGCAUCCCACUAAGCAACCAAAUAGGUCUUAAGUAUUAAACACAUUCAAGACAACAGGCUACACGAACACAAAUUCUGCUGGUUACAGUUGUAGUCUUGUGGCAGCUACUGAAUUAUUUUAAAGACGACAGCUACAAGGUAAACACCUGAUUUAUAAUUCAGUGGUGCACUUUAAUAAAAAAUAACCGUACAAAAUUCCAAAGAAAUUAAGAUUGAAACAAUUAUUUUGAGUAAAAAUAUAUAUAUGGUCAUAAUUAAUUAUGUACCUGUUAUUAAUUUAUUUCAAUAUGGUUAUCAGAAACUUCUCUUAAUUAAGUAAAAAAAUAUAUUUUUUUAAGCACUAUUUGAUUUGCAUUUUUUUAUUAUAUUAGCAACACUAUUUCUGUUUCGGCCACAUCGGCUACAUCGGCAUGAGUAGUCGUGUGGCCGUGUAGCUGUGCUGCCGUUAAAAUAAUCGUCUUCAUAUAAACGUGUGCAUUUUAUUUUUGACAGAUUGAAGUUGGUAGCCUGCUGUCUUGAAUGUGUUUAAUGCAUUAAAGGAAUAGAUCCAAGCUUUCUUUUGAGCAAAAAAAAAUUUAAAAAAGGGCCCAUUUAUAAAAAAAGUUAGAUUUUGCAAAAAAAGACAAAAAUUUCAUGUUUUGAGUUACAAAACAUUUUUUUUGAUAGAUAUCGAACUCGCAUCCCACUAAGCGACCAAAUAGGUCCUCAAGGAAAAUAUCUAAGCUUUAGUUUAAGAAAAAAAGGCCCAUUUUGAAAAAAAAAAAAAUCAAAAAAGUUUUUGAUUUCGGAAAAAAAAAUAUUAAAAAUUUUUUAUUUUUUUUCGAAAGAUUGAAGAAAUAGCUAUGUAAACUAUUUGGGACACAUUUUGCUAAGAACAAUAGGUAAUAAGUUACAUGGAUGAGAAAAAUCACAUGUUUGGCCAAAAUGUCAAAUUUUGACCCCUCAAACUCCGAGAGUUCUUGACCGAUCUUGUUGAAAAUUUUUGAAUUCCUAUCCAAUAGGUCAAACCUUGGUGCAAAUUUCAUCCCGAUCGGCAGAAAUCGAUUUUAAAAGUUGGUUCACUUGACGUGAAAUCCCCCAUAUAUAAGCUAACUAAUUUAAUAUAUUAAAAAAGUACCAUUAAAAGAAAAUGUACCAAUUUUCCUUUAUCCUCUUGAACAGCCAUCAAGUUUGAAUUUUAAGUUUCUAUAGCAUUUCCUACUGAUUUUGUUUCUAUAACACUUGAUAUUCAAUAAAUUAUCACAAAACCAACCGAAACCAAUCGGUUUUCAAUUUUUUAAAACCGAAACCGGGGUUUUGAAAUUCUUCAGUUUUUUGGAAACUUUAAUUUAAUUUGUCUUAUAUAUAAUUGAACUAAACGAUUCGUUUGUACAUCAUUUUGCAAUCUAAGCUAUAGUUUGGAAGAGAAAGAUUUAUAACCACUUUUCUCCCGAUAUACCCCAAUGUGCCAGAUUUGCAGGGAAUUAUCAGGGUUUUUGAGACCUGCAUAUGCUUGCAGACUAUAGUUGGAGUGUCGCGAGGGAGACAAAUGAAAAUAUUUUGUAUAUAAAACAGAAAUAACACUGUUAAUUUUUUGCGUCGUUUUGGUUUGCGUCGUGUUUCUCCAGGCCCAAUUAGCGAAGCAAACCGGGGUAUUAGUGUAUUGUCCGGCAAACCAAAUGAACUUCAGAAGAUGUUAGCAAAUAAGUAUUAAUAUUUAAUUUGUAAGUGUUAAAAUAUUGCUAUUUUUUAGUGUCAUUUUAUUAGUAUUUCCUACUGUGUUCAUUUUAGUUUGUAGAUUUUAAAAUUUUAUUAAUUUCCUCUUACUAAUAUUUAGUUUAAGUCAUAACCCUUAAAGUGCGGUGAAGUAAAAUGUAAAACAUAUUUUAAAAUAUUUUUUAUUAUGUUGACUUACAACAUUGUUAUAUUUGUAUCAUACAUACAUAGAUUUACAAUUACAAAAAGAGUAAAUAAAAUUGUUUUUAAUUAUAUUAACAUACAAUACAAUAAUUGUACAUAUUUAUUAAGUAUUUGUAUACACAUUACAGUAACUUGGUUGCUCCAAAAAAUAAUAAAUAAUAUUAAAAAAAUUAAA